AUGGGGAGGGGGAAAGUGGUGAUGAAGAGAAUCGAGAACAAGAUAAACCGGCAAGUUACGUUUACGAAACGACGGCUGGGUUUGUUCAAGAAAGCUCAGGAGCUCUCUGUGCUCUGUGAUGCCCAAGUUGCCCUUAUCGUCUCCUCCAGCCGCGGCAAGCUCUUCGACUUUGCCAGCACCAACGAUGUAAACGAAAUCCUCAACCGCUACCAAUGCUGCUAUUCCUCACAAGACAAUGCUGCUGAGAGUGAAACACAGAACUCAUAUCAAGAGGUCUCAAGAUUGAAAGUCAGAUAUGAAUCUCUUCAGAGUUGGCAAAGGCAUUUUCUUGGAGAAGAUCUUGAUAAACUUCGUCUGAAAGAAUUGGCACGUCUCGAGAAACAGCUUGACAGAACUCUUUCACGAGCUAGACAAAGAAAGACGCAGAUGAUGUUAGAUCAAUUAGAAGCACUACGCAGAAAGGAGAGUGAUCUUGAAGAGAUCAAUAAGCAGCUCAAAUCUGAGCUUGAAGAAAGGGAAAAACAUGAUGACAAUACUGAUGAGGAGGAUGAUGAUGAAGCAUUAAUUCAUGAUCGUCCGGGAGGAGAGCCUACUGUAGCUGCUGGAGCUUCUCAGAAGAACAUUUCUACUAAAACGCCCUCUGCAAAUGCUAAUCAAGAGCCUACAUUAUGCUUAUGAAGCUGUUCGGGUGUGAUUCUGCAGCUGCAACCAAUUAGGGCUGUGGCAAUAUGGCAUCCCUGAAAUUAUAUCAUGUAUUAUAUCCUCGAGCAAUGCAUGUAGGUAUGUAAUGUUAUCAAUAAGGGCUUCCUGGCGUUUUAAUUAGAGUUGGAUCAAAUCAAUUUAUAAGGGAUCAAGACACUGUACUUAUUAAUUUGUAAACUAGCUAGUCCGGACCGGAAAAAAUAAAAUCUGUACACUAGAAACAGUAUGUUAUUGGAUUUCAUCAUAUGGCUGUCAUGACCUGGCUAGGUUAGCUAGGUGCGACUUGGGUCAUUCCAGUUUGUCUCAGUUCAUAGCAUUCUGGUCAAGAACUUAAUUA